GGGGAAACUCAAAAAAUGGAGAAAUCGAAUUCCAUUUCCAACUCCAACUCCAAUCACAGCAAUCAUCACUACCCGAAUUUCCAUAAACAAAAAAGCCACAGAUCAAUGUCUGAGGACUCAUUCCACUCCCCUCUCCGCUCACCUUUUCCUUUCGAUGAACCUGGCAAUAAUCACCGCCCAACAACAACAACAACAACAACCAAGUCUCUCUCUUCAAAGGGCUCCAUUGUUUCAGUCGACUACUCACCACGUAGAGAUCCACAUACUCCCAAACCGGAAAACACAAACAAAGAUCAGCUGUAUUUUAAUAGGGUGGCUGUUAGGGAGGAUGUAGUAGCUACUACUAAGGUGCGAACACCGGUUCGUGGUGGUGCUGACGUGGAAAGUGGUGAGGAGAGCUCGCCUGUGAGGACUGGGCGUACGAAGAGGGAAUUGAUGUUGACUAAGGCGGGCCUAGGGUUUAGGGUUUGUGAGUUUGCUUUGUGCUUGAUUUCGUUCUCUGUUAUGGCGGCUGAUAAAACUCAAGGUUGGAGUGGUGACUCUUUUGAUCGAUACACCGAGUACAGGUAUUGCGUUGCUGUUAAUAUUAUUGGAUUUGUGUAUUCUGGAUUUCAAGCGUUUGAUCUAAUUUACAAUCUGGCAAGUCGGAAACACUUUCUCUCUCACCACACUCGAUAUCAUUUUGAUUUCUUAAUGGAUCAGAUAUUGGCUUAUCUGAUUAUGUCUGCAUCUUCUUCAGCUGCAACGAGGGCAUAUGACUGGAUAUCAAAUUGGGGAAAAGAUGAGUUUACAGAGAUGGCAUCUGCAUCUAUAGGGGUGUCUUUCCUGGCUUUUAUAGCCUUUGCCUUUAGCUCUCAUAUUUCUGGUUACAACCUCUGUAACCGAAAUGCCGUUGUGACCCAGCAAUGAGUUUGUAUCCAUUUAUUCGAUGAGUAUAUUUGAGAAUGGCCACAUAAAAUCUU